ACUUUCUAAUCAAACUAUCUAAUAAAUACGCAAUGGCGGCGCCCAUAGGUUUCAUGUGCUUGGUUUGUAUCAAAUGGAAAUUUCUCUACUUUUUCCAAGAAUGAACUGAUAUCAUCUCAAACAUAGAAGAGAUUUAAGGAAAUACCAAUACUGACUAUCUGUUAGAUAAGGUACUUUCCAACUGUAUAAUCACUUGACAUCAACAAGAAAGAUCCAAUAUGGCAAAGAAAAAGAAAAACAUCGCUGAUCAAACCAGGAAUAAAAAGAAGGAGUCGGAGAAGAAAAUCAACCCAUUUGAAGUCAAAGUCAAUCGACAGAAACAGAAAGUCAUGGGGCGUAAAAUAUCCAAACAUGAUCGGGGCAUGCCUGGACUGUCAAGGUCAAAAGGAAUCCAGAAAAGAAAAGCAACAUUACUUCAGGAGUAUAAUCAAAGGUUUAAGAACAACAAGUUUAUAGACAAGAGGUUUGGGGAAAAUGACACCUCUCUAAGCAUAGAAGAAAAAAUGAUGAAGAGGUUUGCGAUGGAGAGAGAGCGAGAGAAGACAAACAAAUUCAGUCUGAAUGAUGAUGAUGAUGACCUAACCCAUUUUGGCCAAUCUCUGUCCUCCAUUGAGAAAUUUGAAGAGCCCCAGAUCAGUGAUGAGGAGGAGGAAGACGGUGGAAGGAUUGAUGCUGACAUGGUGGCUAAAGAACAUUUUGGUGGCUUCACAUUAAACAGUAACUAUGAAGAAUUAGGGGGGCAGAAACAGAAAAGUUGGAAAGAAAAAAUGGAGGAAGUGAUUGCCAAGUCCAAGAAGGAAAAGUUUGAGCGUCAGGCGGAAAAGGAGAAGACACGAGAACUUACAGAAAAACUGGACGAGGAAUGGAAGGGUGUGAUGAAGCUUAUGUCUGCCCCAGAGAAGGUGAUACAGGAUACAGACAAGAGUGGCCAUGAAGGAAAAAGUCAAAGUAAAGCAGAUGGCUUUGAUAUAGCAGUGAGAGAACUGAAGUUUGAAAUGAAGGGCAAGGCUACAAAUAGGUUAAAGUCUGAGGAAGAACUGGCAAAAGAAGAGAAAGAAAGACUAGAUAAUUUAGAGGCUGACCGUUUAAGGAGAAUGAAGGGGGUCACAGAGCAGGAGGAAGAAGAGAAGAAAAGGGUUCAUUUCUCAGCUGACGAUCUUAACGAUGAUUUUUCUGUGGAUAGCAGGCAACAUUUCCAUGCUGUGUACAAGGAUGGGAAAAUGUUGAUGGAUGAAGACGAUGAGGAGGAGGAAAGUAAAAGUGAAAAGAUUGACAAUGACAGUGAUGAUGAUGAUGAUGAUGAAGAGAAAGAUGGAAGCGAAGAUGAAGGAGAAGAUGAAAAAGAAGAUGAUGCUGAGGAGGCAGCUGAAGGUUCUGAUGAAGAAUCGGAUGAUGACAGUUACAAAGACAUUGAGUCGGAAGAUGAAGAGGAUUCAGACAGUGAGAAGAAACCUGAUGGAAACAAAACCCAGAAAUCUCUGACUUUGAAUCUUACAGAAAAAAAGAAAAUAAUGGAUGCUGCACGAAAAGAAUUACCUUAUACUUUUCCAGCACCAAAGGACUAUGAAGAAUUGCUGAAUCUGUUACAAGAGCACAAUGAGGAAGACCAGCUGAUCAUUUUGAGAAGACUGAGGAAGUGUCAUCACGUUAGUCUGGCAGAGGGCAACAAACAGAAACUUGAGACUCUGUUUGACUGCCUGGUUCAAUAUUUUGCCGACCUCGCCCUACAGCAGCCUCCACAAUUACAGUUGAUGAACAGCCUUGUCCCACACCUGUUUGAGCUAUCCCAGGGUUCCCCAAUUGCUGCUGCUCAGGUGCUAGUCGAUCAGAUCACUGAAAGGCAGGAGGAAUUCCAAGCCAUUUGUGAAAGAAAAGGAGGAAGAGGUCUCUAUCCAGCCCUUGACACUCUGAUGCUUCUUAAACUUGUGGCCAUACUGUUCCCGACCUCUGACUUCCGCCACGCUGUCACCACGCCAGCAAUUGUAUUCAUCACGCAGAUGCUUGCAGAGACAUCAGUGAAACACGAGAGGGAUGUAGCCGUGGGACUCUUUCUCUGUAGUCUAGUGCUGGAGUAUGUGUCUUUAUCCAAGAGAUAUGUUCCUGAGGCUGUCAACUUCCUGCAUGGAUUACUGUUCUUGGCAUCAAACAAAGAACCCAACAAGUAUGCUUCAGUUAUUCCACCUUUUCGACCAGUAGGGAAAUUCAACGAUCUUCUUGUGGUGACAAAGAAAGCCAAAAAAACUGAGGUGAAGUUGUUAAAGAUGUCAAAGGUGUUGACCAUGGAAAUGGAAAAAGAUGAAUUAAGCAAUGAUGAAUUCAGAUUAUCUGUGAUGAAGGGCUGUGUAACUCUACUGUCUGAGUUUAAUACCCUGUAUCAGGAACUCCCAGCUUACAAAGAAGUCUUCUCUCCAGUCCUAAACAUGCUGGAAAAGUUACCUGUCCACCACUACCCUACAACAUUACAGGUGUUCAUACAGGAUCUUCAGACAGCUUUGAAAGAAACUAGUUCUAAACCCCGAAGACAAGUCAGCAUGCCCCAGAGAAAACCUAAACCAAUGAAAAUGUUCGAACCCAAAAUAGAGGAAGUGUUUGAAGACAGAAAGAAGAAGAAGACAGGAUCGAAGGAGGAGAAUGAAAAGGAAAAAAUGAAGCACAAGUUCAAAAAGGAGCUGAAGGGAGCCAUGAGGGAGAUUCGCAAAGAUACACAGUUCUUGUCACGACAGCAACUAAACGAACAGAUGGAGAGAGAUGCUGAGAGAAAGAGAAAGGUCAAGGACAUUUAUCAAAUGUUGUCAUCACAAGAGGGCGAUUACAAGGCAUCCAAACGAGCCAAAAAGAACCACAAUCCAUUCUAGUGGUUUUCUGGUGUGGGAGACAAAAAGAACCACAAUCCAUUCUAGUGGUUUUCUGGUGCGGGAGACAAUAUUCUGUAUACAGCUGGUCAAAGUGCAGGGAAAAUCUGUUGACAAAGAGCAAGACUGGACAUGCAACUAUCUAUGUGUAUGCGUUUUAUAUGCGUGCUUUUAUUCUGAAAAGUGUCAACACUACCUUGAAAAUGACAAUUCUGUUAUGACAGAUAUCUUAGAAAAAAAUUACCUUGAUGGAAAAUUGUAUGCAUGAUAGAAAAGGUAAAUGAACUUGUUGAGAAUUUAUUGUUAAAAAUAAUAUUCUCUAAAAACAAAUAAAGACAUUGUACACUA